AUGAUCUUCGUUACAUUGAUUCUCAUCAUAUCUGUUCAAUCAUUUGACUGUACAUUGGCAUCACGUAAGUUAUUCAAUUUUAGAUUAGUUGUUUUACUUUAUUUAUCCACAGGAGCUCAAACAUUCUACUGUUAUCUCGCAUGCAGUCAUAAUGCCACUACACAAGGAGAUUUCGACAAAUGUAUAAAAAAGUGUAACGAUGGUAGUGGUCUUGGUGAGGAAUCGUGUAUGAAUAACUGUGGGACUGUCACCAACCACGAGGAAGUUUGUGAAACCGUUUGCGGUGGAAAUAAUGGAGGCCUAUUUCCACUUUGUUUAUAUAAUUGCGAUCAACAACAUCCGAAUGGAUAUGAAGGGGGCUUUGACGACUGUAAAACAAAGUGUUACGGAAUGAACGAACGGUGA